UCCUGCUCGCUGGCUGCCUGUCUGCCUGUCUCCUGUGGAGGGUUCUCUUGAAGGAGUUUGUGCAGAGGAAGUCUGCAGCCCAGCCUGGAUUAUCUGGAUGCUGCUGAGAGCAAAGGAUUGUCUGAGCAGAGCAAGGCACAGAGAUCUGGGAUAACAUCCACACUGACACGAUGGAUUCUGGGGGGACCUGGUUUGGGGCUUUUCUGUGUGUGCUGCUGUCUGCUGUGUGGCCCCUUGGAUCAACAGCUGCAAACUAUAAUUGCGAUGACCCCCUGGUUUCCGCGCUGCCGCACUCGGCGUUUGACAGCUCCUCGCAACUGUUCAGCCACAGCAACGCGAAGCUCAACAGCCACAAUGGAGCCGGUGGCUGGACCCCGAUGGAAUCUAAUGGAAAGCAGUGGCUACAAAUUGAUCUGGGAGAGAGAUCUGAUAUCACGGGGGCAGCAACACAAGGGAGAUAUGGAAGCACCGACUGGGUAACGCGGUUCAACGUGAUGUUCAGCGACACGGGACGCAACUGGAAACCGUACCAUCACGAUAACACCAUCUGGGUCUUUCCUGGAAACAUCAACGCAGACGGCGUGGUGAACCACAAGUUCCAGCAUUCCAUGAAAGCCAGAUUUGUCAGAUUUGUCCCCUUGGAGUGGAAUCCCAGCGGCAGAAUCGGGAUGAGAGUGGAGGUCUAUGGCUGUUCUUAUAAAUCCGACGUGGCGGACUUUGAUGGCAGAAGCUCGCUCCUCUACAGGUUCAAUCAGAAACUGAUGACCACAUAUAAAGAUGUCAUCUCCCUGAAGUUCAAGAGCAUGCAGAGUGAUGGAGUAUUAUUUCACGGAGAAGGACAACGCGGGGAUUAUAUAACGCUGGAGCUACAGAAAGGGAGAUUGUCUCUCUCCAUUAACCUGGGUGACGCCAAGCUGCGAUUUGCGAACACUCACACCAUGGUGACCUUGGGAAGCCUCUUGGAUGAUCAGCACUGGCAUUCAGUUCUCAUAGAUCGGUUCAACAAACAAGUCAACUUCACAGUGGACAAAUACACUCAACACUUCCGCACCAAGGGCGAGUCCGACAACUUGGACAUCGAUUAUGAGUUCAGCUUUGGAGGAAUUCCAGUAUCUGGGAAACCCGGCGCCUUUCUGAAGCGGAAUUUCCACGGCUGCAUCGAGAACCUGUACUACAACGGAGUGAAUGUUAUCGACCUGGCCAAGAGACGCAAACCUCAGAUCUACAUCGGGAACAUCACAUUUUCCUGCUCUGAACCCCACAUUGUCCCCAUCACCUUUACAAGCCCCAGCACCAGCUUCCUCCUACUGCCCGGCACCCCACAGCUGGACGAUCUGGCGGUCAGUUUCCAGUUCCGGACGUGGAAUAGUGACAGUCUUCUGUUAUCUACCAAGCUAGCCGGGGAUUCCGGGUUCCUCCUGCUCCAGCUGUAUUCUGGGAAGUUGCUGCUGAUGAUUCAGGAGAAGUUACCCAACAUACUUCCAAUAACCACAGGUAGCUUUUUAAAUGACGGCUUAUGGCACACUGUGGCAAUCAACAUUAGAAGACACCGAAUCACUCUGACGUUAGACAACGGAGCCACGGCACCCGUCCACGUCACCAUCCCCGCCCGGAUUUCCACCGGAUAUCAGUAUUAUUUCGGAGGCUGCCCGGAUCCUCCGUCCGACUGUGUAAAUCCGAUUUCUUCAUUCCAAGGAUGCAUGAGGCUCAUCUUCAUCGAUAAUCAGCCCAAGGACCUCAUUUUGGCUCAGCGCGGCAUGCUGGGAAAUUUCAGUGACUUGCAGAUCGAUAUGUGCGGCAUAAGAGACAGAUGCCUGCCAAAUCACUGCGAACAUGGCGGAACGUGCUCGCAGACUUGGAGCACCUUCCACUGCGACUGCGGGGACACGGGCUACGCCGACGCCACUUGCCAUAGCUGUAAAAUAGUCAAGCACAAAGGUUACCCGUCCGACUACUACUACAUUGACUCGGAUGGCAGCGGGCCUCUCGGACCUGUGCGUGUCUACUGCAAUUUAACCGUAGAGAAGAUUUGGACCAUCGUUCAACACAACAUCACGGAUCUAAUGACUGUGCGUGGAAUUAUUCCUGGGAAGCCGUACUCCGCUGCAUUUAACUACGGAGCCAGUGCUGAGCAAAUGGAGGAUCUGAUCAACAACGCAGAGUACUGCGAGCAGGAGGUGGCUUAUCACUGCAAACAUUCACGGCUCCUCAAUUCUCCUAGUGGAAACCCGUACACGUGGUGGAUUGGAAGAGGGAACGAGAGACACACCUACUGGGGCGGGUCCCUGCCUGGGCAAUGUGCAUGUGGACUGGAGGAGAGCUGCAUCGAUAUGAGACAAUACUGCAACUGUGACGCUGACAGACCUGACUGGACGAAUGACACUGGAUUCUUAACCUUUAAAGAACACCUUCCAGUCUCUCAGAUUGUGAUUACUGACACAAAUAGACCAGGUUCAGAGGCGGCCUGGAAAAUUGGUCCUUUGCGUUGCUACGGAGACAGGAACUUUUGGAAUUCCGCGUCUUUUAGCUCCACCGUGUCCUAUCUUUACUUUCCUACUUUUCACUCCGACUUCAGCACCGACAUCGCCUUCUUCUUCAAAACCAACAGCUCCUCCGGGGUCUUUCUGGAAAGCCUGGGUGUGAAAGACUUCAUAAGAGUCCAACUAUCCUCUCCCUACCAGGUGACAUUUUCAUUCGAUGCGGGAAAUGGGCCCAUGGAGGUUUCUUUGCAGUCUGUCACGGCCUUGAACGAUGGUCAGUGGCAUCACGUCAGAGCCGAGAGGAAUAUUAAGGAAACCAGCCUAGUCGUGGAUAACCAGCCGAGGAAACUGGUACAGACCCCGUUUGAUGGGCGUCCCAGACCGCUGCUGAAUGCUCAGCUCUAUGUGGGUGGGACAGCAUCCAAACAGAGGGGCUUCAUGGGGUGUGUCCGUUACCUCCAACUUAAUGGCCAGACCUUGGAUCUGGAGGAAAGAGCCAAAGUGACCCCAGGGAUCAGGCCGGGCUGUCCCGGCCACUGUAGCAGUUAUGGCAACUUGUGCCACAACAAUGGCAAGUGCAUGGAGAAACGCAAUGGGUACACCUGCGACUGCACAAACUCCGCCUUUGAGGGACCCUACUGCAAGAAAGAGGUUUCCGCAAUGUUUGAAGCCGGGACCUCGGUCACCUAUGUUUUCCAGGAGCCGUAUCCAGUGUCCAGGAACAGCAAUGCAUCAGCCUCAGCGAUAUAUGCAGAUACAGUGAUAUCCAGGGAAAAUAUCGCCUUCAGCUUUGUUACAGCUCAAGCUCCGAGCCUCUUACUCUACCUAGACUCCUUCUACCAGGACUACCUGGCCGUACUGCUCUGCAGGAAUGGUAGUUUACAAGUGAGAUACAAAGUUGGCACAGACGCGGUGCAUGUCUUGACGGUAAAUUCAAAAAGACUGGACAACCGGAAGCUGCACUAUGUAAAAAUCAACAGGGAAGGGAAGGAAAUGAUGAUUCAGAUCGACAAGAUAAUAAAAGAACGACAUAAUUUUUCUUCGGAUGUUUACUUCAAAGCCAUCAAAUCGCUUACAAUGGGAAAGGUUUUAGAUAAUCCCAGACUGGAUCCAGAAGUGACCAAAGCCAAUUCUUUGGGUUUUAUCGGAUGUCUAUCCUCCGUCCAGUACAACCAGCUGGCUCCCCUUAAGGCGGCACUGCGACACCCCAGCACGGCCCCGGUCACGGUGAUUGGGUCAUUGUCUGAAUGCAGUUGUGGUUCCAUCACGGACAGCGACCUCAGCACAAUCACGACGACAUACUCAUCCUCGGAUCCAUUCGGGGACACAGAUGACCGGGAGCCCCUGACAAAUGAAAUGAGAAGCGGUCCUGUUGUCAUUGGAGGUGUCAUCGCCAUCACAAUAUUCAUCAUUUUUUGCAUCGUGGCAAUCAUGACCAAGAUUGUGUACCGACAUAAAAAGACACACGGCAAAAGCCAAACCAGAGAAAAGGAGUACCCGGGGACCACGGACUAUUCCUUCCGCAACGACGUGGACUUACAAAACACAGUCAGCGAGUGCAAAAAGGAGUAUUUCAUUUGAUAGACGGAAUUUCGACGACUUUAUGUUCUCCUA